AUGUCAAAGCUGAAGAAGAACAAAGCAGCUGGACCAGAUGGUGUGGUCACUGAAAUGUUUGAAGCAUUAGAGGAAUAUGGUGUUGAUAGAUUAACAGAAGUUAUCAACAAAAUAUAUGAUGACGAAAUAUUUCCAGAUGAAUUGGGCAGAUCCAUUUUCAUUACUAUCCCAAAGAAACCGGGAGCCGUGGAUUUUAUCACUGAUCCUUGCACCCAACCAAACCUGUGUGUCAAUGGUCUCUGCAGUCAUAUUGGACAAGGGCAGUACGAAUGUGAAUGUCAAGAUCAUUAUGAGGGAAUCCAUUGUGAUGAAUCAACUCUUCCUUUGGAGGUUUCUGUCCAUCCGUCAAGCCAGAUAGUCAACAUCAAUGCCAGAGUGGAGCUGACAUGCACUUUCAACAAUGUCAAGCGAUACCACUGGUACAAAGAUGAUGUCCUUUUGCCCAACAGUGUAAACCAGAAUCCUUUGAUAAUCCUGUCUGUCGCGCCCAGUAACAUCGGGUAUUACUUCUGCCGAGGCUCAGGAAGAAAUGGAGAAACUUUAGACACGAUGCCAGCAUCUGUAUAUGUCAAAGAUCUGACCAAUAUAAAAGUUUUGAAUGCUAGAUUUGCCAUUUCAUUCCGCGAUGAGCUUUAUGACCAAACUUCUAAACUCUAUGGAGAAACGGCGUUCAACAUCAGCACCUUUGUGGAGCAAGGCCUCCGAACCAGUACUGGGUUGGAGGAUGUAUCAGUAGUAUGCAGAGCCCUAAGACCAGGAAGCGUCAAAGCUGACAUGAAUAUCUUCAUCGAGCCGACCAAUAUGACGGCACUGGAGACACAAAAUCUUAUCGGUCUUUCUCUUGAGAGUCUAGCCAAUGAAUCGAAUGGUUUUCUCGAUUCCAACACCAUUUCAGUUCAAAAUAACGCUAUUUGCCAGAAUAUCUCGUGGAUUUCUCCUCGGUUUGAAAGAGUCGAAUUUCCGGUGGGUGAAAAUGGAACAUGGGCAAAUUCAACAGGAAUGUGUCCUUUCAACACUACUCAAGCCAAUGAACCCAUUGGACGGGCUCUGUGUAUCGGCGAUGGUAUUACCCAGAGCCAGUGGCAACCUGUGGAUAAUUGCGGACCAUUUAGAAAUGUCACAGAUAUUCUCACUGAAAUUGCACAGGUAAUUGUUAGUGAAGAAAAUGCAGGUGAGGUGAGCCAGCAAAUAUCAGCUGUUACUUCCAACAUCGAAGAUAUCACAUCAGAUGACAUCUCGUUUGUGACACAGAUAACAUCCAACAUUGUGCAGCAAAAUCUUACUGGUGAAGAGGUAACAGAGUCAAUAACAAGUAUUGUGAGCAAUAUAGCUCAGGUAGACACAGAGGAACUUGAAGCCGCAGAGGAAAAUGGUGGGGCAAUAAGUAAAUUUGUCCAGGCUUUUGAGGAACAAAUCAGUCGUGUUGAGGUUGCCGAUGGUGAGAUGCUCAACAUUCAGCAGCCAUAUGUAGCCGUACAGGUCCAGAGUGUACCUGCUGAGGACAUAAUGCGUGGCCUUGUGCUUUCGCUAGCUGGAUCCAGUCUUUCAGACCUGACCAAGUCCAAUAUUACCAUCAAUGCUCCGACCCAAGAUGACCGCGAUGAGAACAUUGCUACCAGACCAGACACUAUUGCUCAGGUCAACAUUCCACCUUCAGUUUCAUCCAUCAUUUCGUCCACGGCCCCACUCUCAGGAUCGCCGUCGAAUGGCAGUGGUGAAUACGUCCGGGUCAACUUCAAUGUAUUUUCAACUCCAGCCCUGUUUAUUUCUAAAUCAUUGCGCACAUUCAGUGCAGAUAAUGAAGGCUUCAAUCGAUCAGCUAACUCUCCCGUUAUUUCUCUCAGUAUUGGUCAAGGGAAAGUAGCAGCCUUGACCGAAUACAUCAACUUUACCUUCACUACAAUAAUGUCUGGAUACGUGAAUCCCAAUUGUUCAUUCUGGGAUGAGGAGCAGGAAGAUUGGUCCCAAGAUGGGUGUGUUCUUGUUUCUGGAUUCACAUCAUCUGAUGAUGAGGAGAGCGUGCGCUGUGCGUGUGAUCAUCUUACCAACUUCGCUGUUAUAAUGGAUAUCCAUAGAAAUGAGGGCCCUGCCGACACAGCAUACAACAUCCUGACUUACAUUGGCUGCGGUAUUUCUAUCUUCAGUAUUCUUGUUACAUUGGCAACCUACCUGUGGAACAAGGAUUUGAGGACCAAACAGACUAGCCAGAUCUUCAUCUGUCUGUGCCUGACCUUGCUGUGUCUCUACACGACAUUUGUCAUCAUGAUCUCCCUGGAUUCUCGUGAGGUCCAAGCUGGACCCUGUGGGUUCCUGACGGCCCUAGUUCACUACUUUGUUUUGUCCUCCAUUGCAUGGAUGGGUGUGGAAGGGUACAACACCUACCUCAUCAUUGUGAAGAUCUUUAACACCUACAUCGAGAAGUUUAUGAUCAAGGCUUUCUUAGCUGCAUGGGGAAUUCCUGCACUUAUCGUGGUUCUUACCGGAGCUGUUGCUAGAGACUCUUACGCCCAUGAUGAUCUAUGCUUUCUACAAUUCUGGGCUCAAAUCGGUGGUCUCCUGAUUCCCAUGUCCAUCAUCCUCUUCAUCAACAUCGUCAUCUUCAUCCUGGUGGUUCAACAAUUGAUCCGGUCAGCCAACUUCGCUGGUCGGGUGAAAAAAGAGGCUAAGGCAGAACGUCGGGAGACUAUUGUACGCGUCCAGAACGCGAUUUGCAUCUUGCUCCUGCUCGGUCUGACCUGGGUCGCUGGAUACCUUCUUUUGAUUCCAACAUUUAGUCAGGUGGCUCAGCCAAUCUUCAUCAUCCUGAACUCCUUCCAAGGAUUUUUCAUCUUUCUACUCUACUGCGUCCGGAAGCCUCACAUCCGUAAGAAAUGGGGGCUAACUUGUUUCGACAAGUUCCUAAAGAAAAAAGCAACCACUUCAAGUGGUGAGGUAAGCUCGACGGCGCUAUCAUCGUCAGCUGGCAUGAAUAGCAAUUUGCGCCCAGGAGCCUCGGAUAAUUACUUUUUGCCUACCAAAGGCGACGAUUCCGAUCCUAUGUGUAUGUUUAAUCCUACCUAUGAUGUUAGUCAGGUUGAGGAAGGGGUCACGCCACCUAUGACCAAUGAUAUCCAAAGCUCCACAGAGGAACAGAAGAAGGACGCGGAUCAUGAUGCAACAAGCGUUGAUGUUGUGACGGUAAGUCUCCCUAUUGAAGCAUCUGUCACAAAAGCCUCUGAGAGAAGUGAUGGUGUUUCCUCCCAACAUAGAUGCUGACACGGUCAUUGUAACACUGGAUUCAAAUGAUGCCAGGAAAGCUACUGAGGGUACCGAUGAUGCUGCUUCUGCAACAAGUGAUGAUGCCUUCAAUCUUCCAAUGGAUUCAACGGAUAUCAAGAAAGGAAAUUAGAGCAGUGACAUAGAUACCAGUAGCACCACCAAUUUUGCAACUGCCAAUGGCACAGUUUCGGUGUUGACUAUAGCGAUGUAUCCAUUCUUACUUGAUUACAAAAAAAUUGUAAACAGCUUUUGUAUUAAUUUAGUUUUAAGCAAGAAGAAGGUCUUAUUAAGAGAACAUGACGUCAUAUUGGCAUACUAGGCAGGGUAUGGGUGGUCUGGGUGUCGUCUGAACCCCCAUCUAUUUUCCCCAAGCAUUUGUUAUUUAAGAGGUCUCUGCCUGGAAUCGGAACAGGUCACUGGCUGAGAACGCCAAUGCCUUAACCACUACACCACACUGAACCCUCCCAUCCCCCUUCCCCAAGAAUGUUGCAAUUACCAAUAGUCCGUCACCACAUAUUCGGGCAACCAGGUGGUUGUUACUUGUUAUCAUCUUGAUCAUAUUUCAAUGACGACAUUAUAUAUGUACAUUUAUAUGUACCGUAUGGAAGCAUUUCUGAUCAGAUGAUU